AUGUAUCCAUUGUUAUCUCAAUUACAACCUCUGGAUAUCUUUGCUCUAUUGUUAGCAGCCAUUAACCAUGAUUUAGAUCAUUGUGGUAUAAGUAAUGCUGCUUUAAUUAAUCAAGGAGAUCCUUUAGCAGUGAAGUAUCAAAAGGUAAGCCCAUUAGAACAACAUUCUAUUGAUCGAGCCUUAGAAGUAUUGAAUGAUGAAUCACAUCGUACUGCAUUGUUGCAAGCAGUCAUACAACCGAAUAAUAAUGAUGCUCCUGUUACUAAUAAUGAGCAUAAUGCAGCUAAAUCUCGUGUCGUUGAAAUCUUUCGGAACUGCAUUUUAGCAAUGAAUAUUAGUCGUACUGUAGAUCAUGAAGCCAUUUUAACUGUGACUUCUUGCAGCAAUGCCGUACCAUGUAAUUCAUCAUUCAAUAUUUCUAAGGUUCGAUCAAUAGAAUGUUGUUCUAAUGGGCUUAUACCACAAUGA